UCUCUCUGUCUCUCUCUUUCUCUUCUUGAGUUGGAAAAGUUCAGGCAGGCAGUCUGAGAGGGAGGUUGAGCUGAGUGAGCAGCUAAACAGAGUCUGAGCAGAGCCACGGACAUCCCAUCCUCAGCUUAGCUUUAGUACCUUAUUUUAGCCUUGAAGUGCCUCAUCUUGGAUUUGGAGUAUCUUAUCUCAUCACAGAGUGCCUCAUCAGAUCUUAAGAGGGCUCUAUUUCAACCUUGGACUGCUUUAUUUCCACUUCAGAGUGCCUCAUCUCAGCUUCAGUGCCUAAGGGUGACCUCAGAGUACCCCAGUGUAGCCUUGAAGUGGCUUAUCUCGAAUUUGGAGUGCCUCAUCUCAUCACAGAGUGCCUCAUCUGAUCUUCGGAGUGCUCCAUUUUAGCCUUGGACUGCUUCAUCUCUGCUUCAGAGUGCCUCAUCUCAGCUUCAGUGCCAAAACUUGACCUCGGAGUACCCUAGUGUAUGCUUGGGGUGCUCCGUCUUGGGUUUGAAGUGCCACAUCCCACCACAGAGCACUUCAUCUCAGCUCCAGAGUGCUUUAUCUCAGCUUCAGUGCCUAAGCUUGACCUCAGAGUACCCCAGUGUUCCCUCGGAGUGCCGUACCUUCCUCAAAAUGCUUCGAGGCGCAAAGAAGAGCAGCAGAUGACACUCGCUUGUCUGUUCUGCAUGAGUGAUCUCUUGCUAUGGAUCACCUGUUCCGGCGUAGAAAGCUCUGGAAGACCCUGCUGAGCUUCACCCUGCUGUUUGGGACCCUGCUGACCAUCCAGAAGUUCCGAGUGACGGACACCGGCGCGAGGGAGCUCCUCUGGAAGCCCAAGAGCAAGUGGUGGAAGGAGAGGGACAGGGAGGUAAAGGCAAACACCUCCAGCUUGUGGGACGGAAAUGUCUCGGCACUCACCAGAAGCCCGGUGCUUCCGUCCUGGAACGUGGAGGCGGCGAACUGCAGCAGUGUGGACGCGCGUGCCGUGGACUUGGCGCGCCGGCUUGAGCCUCGCUUCCAGCAGUUCGUGCUGCACCGGAGCUGCAGGUACUUCCCGAUGCUGCUCAACCACCCGGAGAAGUGCAGUGCAGACGUGGACGUCCUGCUGGUGGUGAAGUCGGUGACCGAGCAGCACGAGCGGCGCGAGGCCGUACGCAGGACCUGGGGCGCAGAGCGUACGGUACGAGGACGCCGAGUCAGGACGCUGUUCCUGCUGGGUACCCCUUCGCCUGGGAAGGACGCCAGAAACCUGCAGAAGCUGCUGGAGUAUGAGGACCGGAUCUACGGGGACAUCCUGCAGUGGGACUUUCAGGACACCUUCUUCAACCUGACCCUAAAGGAGGUCAACUUUCUGCGCUGGUUUAACAUCUACUGCGCCCACACCCCCUUCGUCUUCAAAGGUGACGACGACGUCUUCGUCAGCACGGACAACCUGGUGGAGCUGAUCGACUUCCGCUCGGACGAGGGAAGAGCUCGCGAGCUGUUCGUUGGGGACACCAUCUCCAAAGCCAUUCCCAUCCGGAACCAGCACAGCAAGUACUACAUCCCACGGGAGCUGUUCGACAAGCCCUACCCACCGUACGUGGGUGGAGGCGGGUUCCUCAUGUCCUCCUGGAUCGCUCGCCAGCUCUUCGUGGUCUCUGAGGGUCUCGAGCUGUUCCCCAUAGACGACGUGUUCCUCGGGAUGUGCCUGCAGAAGCUGGGCAGAACCCCAGAGUCCCACCUGGGCUUCCGUACCUUCGGUAUCGUGAAGCGUAAGAUGAGCAGCUCCAUGAACAGCGAGCCCUGCUUCUUCCGUAACCUCAUCGUAGUGCACAAACUGAGCGCCCGAGACCUGCUGAGGAUGUGGAGCGUGGUGCAGGACCCCAAACUCACCUGCGCCAAGAACUACAGCCUAUAACACUGCUGUGCUCUACAGGAACACUGCGUUUUAUAUAUUUAUACAGCUCUGCAUAUAAAAAAUUAAGAGAUCACUUCAGUUUCUGAAUCAGUUUCUCUGAUUUUACUAUUUAUAGGUUUAUGUUUGAGUAAAAUGAACAUUGUUGUUUUAUUCUAUAAACUACAGACAACAUUUCUCCCAAAUUACAAAUAAAAAUAUUCUCAUUUAGAGCAUUUAUUUACAGAAAAUGAGAAAUGGCUGAAAUAACAAAAAAGAUGCAGAACUUUCAGACCUCAAAUAAUACAAAGAAAACAAGUUCAUAUUCAUAAAGUUUUAAGAGUUCAGAAAUCAAUAUUUGGUGGAAUAAUCCUGGUUUUUAAUCACAGUUUUUUUCAUGCAUCUUUGCAUCAUGUUCUCCUCCACCAGCUUUACACACUGCUUUUGGAUAACUUUAUGCUGCUUUACUCCUGGUGUAAAAAUUCAAGCAGUUCAGUUUGGUGGUUUGAUGGUUUGUGAUCAUCCAUCUUCCUCUUGAUUAUAUUCCAGAGGUUUUUAAUUUGCUAAAAUCAAAGAAACUCAUCAUUUCUCUUAUUUUUUUUUACAGAGCUGUAUGAGUAUGAGUGAUGGUGUGUGUUUGUGUGUGUGGUGGUGCUACAAAGGGUUCUUUGAGUGAUGCUCUACACCGGUGGGUCUGAAACUGUGGUACGAGUUUAACUAAAAACUAAAUAUUUAUUAUUUAACCCUCCUGUUAGGUUCAUUUGUCAGGAACAGUAAUGGUGUUCCUGGGUUAAUUUGAUCCAGUGCAAAAAAAAAAAAAAAAAAUCCUAAAAAGCAGUGUAAAUAUUUUAUUUAAUUAUUCUAUCAAUAUUUAGUGCAAUGAGAUGAAUCAUUUUCAUAUGAUAUGUUUAUUACAGUAAUCAAGACAAGCAGAAGAAGUUUAACACUGAAAACCAACAGUGGAUCUUCUGUGGCACUGCUCAAAAACCCUCUGUAGCACCUUGACGGUUGAGUGUGUGUGUGUGUGUGUGUGUGUGUGUGAGAGCUACUUUAGGACAGGGUUUGGACACUGUUGUCUUUGUUCAGAUUUUAGUUCUGAGUCUGGAAGGCUGGAACCUUUAGUACCACACAAACAUCUCCCAGCUCAGAGUAAUAAUGAUGAUAAUAAUAAUAAUAAUAAUAAUAAUAAUAAUAAUAAUAAUAAUAAUUAUUAU